GCCUAUCAAUACAGACGUAAGAGGUUCGAGUAGGAAAAGUGAAUAAAAUGACUGGUUUACCCCUCCCAUUGAUCAAAAGACCGACAUAUGAUCACCUCAACCCACCACCUGUAGUCGUACCUCCCAUCAACUUCUCCCUCGUCGCUCCUGGAGUAUACAGAUCUGGCCAUCCAAAUAGGAAGAAUUUCGGUUUUCUCGAUCAGCUGGAAUUACGAGGUAUCAUGUAUGUGGAAGGUAUGGACGAUUAUCGACCUGAUUCCAUGGAUUAUGUGCAGAUGAACAAUCUGAUUUUACAUCGAUAUGACCUCUCUGAUGAAGCUGACGUCUUCACUUCUCAUGGAGAACAAAUAGUAACUUCUGCCCUCCGUAUAAUCCUCGACACCAGAAAUCAUCCUUUGCUCCUCCACGAUGACUCGGGCAAGUCCACCGUUUCCCUGCUGUGCGGAUUAGUACGUCGUAUGCAAGGAUGGAGUUUGACUGGGGUCUUCGCAGAAGCAGACAUGUUCGCCGGUCCUGCAGGAGGAUCAGAGGGUAAUGGAGUGGGUGAAGAUGGUCGGGAGUACAUCGCAAUGUUCAAACCGAGAAAAUUCAAGUAUGAUGAGACUUGGAAACCUACUUGGGUUGUAUGACCAAAACCGAAAUUCGUCACACUUUCAUGAUAUCGCCUUCGACAUUCUCAAGAUCUCGGCUAUAAAGCGUGGGGCUAAGUCACCAGUCCAAAUAUGACGAUUCUCAACUGUGGAGGUCUGGACCCACAGCAUACU